CGCUUUCCCGGCAAUUUUGGCGGCAAAAUAUUCGCACAUCGCAUUUAUAAAACAGAUUGAAUAAAGGAGCGAGGCAGAAAGUCGCGUUUAUUUACGAAAAUAUCUUGUGUUUAUUGUUAUCAUUAUUCAAAAUGGAAGGCUUUGAUGAUGCGGGCGUGUUCUUUUCGGAUAAUUUCGGUGGAGAAAACCAGCAAGAUGCACAAAUCAAUUUGCAGGCGGUGAAGAAGAAGUACAAGGAGUUCAUCCGCACCUUCAACGAGGAGAACUUUUUCUACAAAUACCGAGAUACUCUGAAGAGGAAUUACCUCAAUGGACGCUACUUCUUGGAGAUCGAGAUGGAGGACCUUGUGGGUUUCGAUGAGGCUCUGGCAGACAAGCUGAAUAAACAACCCACAGAGCAUUUGCAAAUAUUUGAGGAGGCCGCCCGGGAGGUGGCCGACGAGAUUACGGCUCCCAGGCCGGAGCACGAAGAGCAGAUGCACGACAUCCAGAUCCUGCUCAGUUCCAAUGCUAAUCCCACUAACAUCCGCCAGUUGAAGUCUGACUGCGUCUCAAAGCUGGUCAAGAUUGCCGGAAUUAUUGUCGCAGCCUCAGGAAUCAGUGCCAAAGCCACAAGAAUGUCCAUCAUGUGCCAGUCCUGUAGCACGGUCAUUCCGAAUCUGAAAGUAAAUCCAGGUCUGGAGGGCUAUUCCCUGCCUAGAAAGUGCAACACGGAGCAGGCUGGCAGGCCCAAGUGUCCGCUGGAUCCAUUCUUUAUAAUGCCCGAUAAGUGCAAGUGCGUCGAUUUUCAGACUCUAAAGCUACAGGAACUUCCCGACUUUGUGCCUCAGGGUGAGAUUCCUCGCCACUUGCAACUCUUCUGCGAUCGUUCCCUUUGCGAACGUGUGGUACCCGGUAAUCGUGUACUUAUCCAGGGCAUUUACUCCAUACGCAAGGUCGGCAAACCAUCUCGCCAGGAUGGUCGCGAAAAGGCUGUCGUUGGAGUCCGUGCUCCGUACAUGAGGGUGGUAGGCAUCACUGUCGAUUCUGAGGGUGCGGGAGCGAUCUCACGUUACAGCAACAUCACCACUGAUGAAGAGGAGCACUUCCGCCGCUUAGCUGCCUCCGGAGACAUUUAUGAUCGUCUCUCCCAAUCCCUGGCACCCAGCAUUUUUGGUUCGCGAGACAUCAAGAAAGCCAUAACCUGCAUGCUCUUUGGCGGAUCCCGUAAACGUUUACCAGACGGUUUGUGCCGUCGUGGAGAUAUUAACGUAUUGCUGUUAGGCGACCCUGGUACGGCCAAAUCGCAGCUGCUGAAGUUCGUGGAGAAGGUGGCUCCCAUCGCUGUCUAUACUUCGGGCAAAGGAUCCAGUGCGGCUGGUCUAACGGCUUCGGUUAUGAAGGAUCCCUCAACGCGCAACUUUGUCAUGGAGGGUGGUGCUAUGGUCCUGGCCGAUGGCGGUGUGGUCUGUAUUGAUGAGUUCGAUAAAAUGCGAGAGGAUGAUCGUGUGGCUAUUCAUGAGGCCAUGGAACAGCAGACCAUAUCCAUUGCAAAGGCCGGAAUCACGACCACUUUGAAUUCACGCUGUUCCGUUUUGGCGGCUGCCAACUCCAUUUUCGGCAGAUGGGACGAUACUAAGGGCGAGGAGAACAUCGACUUCAUGCCUACAAUUCUUUCUCGUUUCGAUAUGAUAUUUAUUGUCAAGGAUAUUCACGAUGAGUCUCGGGACAUAACGCUUGCCAAGCACAUCAUUAACGUACAUCUCAGUUCAAACAAGUCGGCGCCUUCGGAGCCGGCGGAAGGUGAGAUAUCGCUGUCAACGUUUAAGAAGUACAUUCACUACUGCCGCACCCAUUGCGGCCCACGACUGAGCGAGGCUGCCGGCGAGAAGCUAAAAAGUCGAUAUGUUCUUAUGCGCAGUGGAGCAGGUCAGCAGGAGAAGGCCUCUGACAAGCGACUGAGCAUUCCCAUCACUGUGCGUCAGCUGGAAGCUGUUAUUCGAAUCUCCGAAUCGCUGGCAAAGAUUCGCCUGCAGCCAUUCGCCUCCGAUGAGCACGUGAACGAGGCUCUCCGUCUCUUCCAAGUAUCGACACUCGAUGCUGCCAUGACCGGUAGCUUGGCCGGCGCCGAGGGAUUCACUACCGAAGAAGAUCAGGAGACACUGAACCGCAUCGAAAAGCAAUUGAAGCGCCGCUUCGCUAUUGGAUCUCAAGUCUCAGAGCAGAAUAUUUUGCAGGACUUUUUACGUCAGAAGUAUGAGGAACGUACCGUGAUGAAAGUUAUUCAUACGAUGAUUCGUCGCGGUGAGCUUCAGCACAGAAUGCAACGGAAGAUGCUCUACCGUAUUUGCUAAUCACUGUUAUUUACAUCAUUAUUCACCCAUCGUUGAAUGUUUCAUGAAUCGUACGUCAUAUAUAUUGUAUUUUCAUUUAUAUCUUUAAGAAAACUAUACAUUCUUUCUACUUAUGAGACAAAUAAAAUAAUUUAAAUCUUGAA